UGGGUCUGGAAAAGCUUUCUGUCUAUAAUGGAUACCUUCUAUUUUCCCUGUACCAACUCCUCCUUUACCGUUUCUUUCCUAAGUUUACCAAAACAAGUUAAAAUGCGUUUCCCCCAGUCUUAUUUACUACCUUAUUUAGUUCACUUUUUUGGGUGCUUUUCCUCUUUUGUGGGUUGAAGGGAGAGGACCUGGCCUGGCCUUUGCAAAGAAGAGAAGGACAAACAGAAUAAGCAAAAUUACUAAUACGAUCAACAACUAAACCUUAUUGUCUUCUGUGGUCUGAAAAUAAAGAGCUUGCUACAUCAACCAUCAGAAGAUCCUUCAUGUCCUUUUUCUUCUUCUUCUUCUUCUUCUUCUUCAGCUUGCCUAUUUAGAGUCCUUGGCUUAUUAUUAUUUAGUUAUUCUGCAAAGCGACUAGCAUUGACCCUCCCAACUCAUUUCUAAACUCUUUCCAGAAAAUUACUUUUCCAUAAUUUUCUAGGCUUCAAUUCUAUGCUUGUGGGAGAUUUGGGCUCUCAUACAACUUGCAGAAAAAUGGUGAGAGGGAAGAUUCAGAUGAGAAGGAUUGAGAAUGCAACGAGCAGGCAGGUGACCUUCUCAAAGAGGAGAAAUGGGCUUCUGAAGAAGGCGUACGAGCUAUCAGUUCUGUGCGAUGCUGAAGUUGCUUUGAUAAUUUUCUCACAAAAAGGGAAGCUCUAUGAGUUCUCAAGCUCCAACAUGCAAAAGACAAUCGAUAAAUAUCGUGGCUGUGUGAAGGAAGAUCAAAGAAGCGACCAAGACAUUGAGAAAUAUGUACAGGAGCUGAAGCUGGAAGCUAUAAACAUGGCAAAUACGAUAGAAUUCCUUGAAGCUUCUCAACGGAAGCUUUUGGGGCAAGAUCUAGGAUCAAGUUCACUAGAGGAACUUCAACAGAUUGACAGCCAGCUCGAGAGAAGUCUAACGAACGUCCGGGCAAGGAAGACUCAGCUAUUCAAGGAAGAAAUAGAGCGGCUAAGAGCAAAGGAGAUGCUUUUGUUGGAAGAGAAUGCAAGGUUAUCUCAAAAGUGUGGACUCGAGUCGUGGCAUGCACCAGCAAAGCGGAAAGAAAUUGGAAGUUGCAGCCAAAGUACUCAAAGCUCAGAGGUGGAGACUGGGUUGUUUAUCGGCCUUCCUGAAACUCGAGUCUUAGAGUAUCGACGCUUUUGAUGAUUUUUCUCAUCUUCUAAAUGCACAUAUUUAUCAUAUCCUUGAUCUAGAAGUAGCUAUGUUAUUCUAGUUAUUGUCUCAGGAAUAAAACAUAAUAUCUUAUGGCUUCAAAAUAAUACACAUAUAAUUGUAGUUUGACACUUGAUUAUGUAUUAUGCAAGUGCUUUGUUGUAAAUAUCACAUUUGUCCAUUGCUUUUGAUGUGGAAAGUAAAUGGGUAGAAAGUUAAAUGGAUAGAAAGCUCAAUGAUUCUGGUGCCUUGAACUUGAACCGGGAUUAGAAUAUGAACCGAAUUUUGUUCUAA